UUGUACACCCUGGGUUUGUUUGUCCUUCCCUUACCAAACAGUCUGUUCUGUGUUUUUAAACUGUCAUGGUGAAUCAGUCCUUAUCCAACUGCAGGCAAGGCUUGUCCCUCAGCGAGAUCGAACUUGUACAUCGGGGUGGGCGUGGCCAAUGGUGACGUAACCGCGUCUUUUCUCGGGUCCAUUCAUGCCAGCCUCCGCCUCAUCACAGUGGCGCGCGCCUCGCCCUCAGCACCUCACCUAUCAACCUGAGCGGCUUCGCCAGGAACAUAAAACGACCAACCGAGGAUUUACUUUCUUUGCACGGGAGUCCGACGUGUCCGGUGCCGGUUAAGAACGGGAAAAAACCCGAAACAUGACGUGAAUAAACUCAUAACAGGAUGACCCCAGACAACUACUCAAAGUCUCAUGUUGGGGGUUUAGUUUAGAUAAAGGAAACCAGCACAUAUUAAACUAAACCAGUCAUCUGACAUCAUGGAUGAGCUGAACAACACGGAUUGCCACAACCAACCCACAAUCAACACAGGUGCACACAUGUGGAUCAGUGCCGUCAUGUUUGGACUAGGCUUCUUUGGCAACGUAGCGGCCCUGCUCAUCCUUGAAAUACAAAGGCGCAGAGACUCCAGGAACAAAGACAUGAAGCCAAGCGGAUUGUUUCACAUCUUCAUCCUGUCGCUAGUGGUCACAGACCUGACUGGGACGUGUUUGACCAGUCCAGUCGUCCUGCUAUCGCAUGCGAUGAACACAACUUUAGUUGAGAUGAUACCUAAUUGUGAAGUUGUGUGCAAGUACUUUGGUUUCAACAUGACCUUCUUCAGCCUGAUCACUCUGUCGCUCCUCCUCAGCACGGCGCUGGACCGAUGUUUUGCCAUAGGGUACCCCUACCUGUACUGCCAGCACGUCACCAAGAAAUGGGCCUACGUUACAAUCGCAGUCAUGUUUUUCAUAAGUAUAAUGCUCUCUCUGCUUCCGUUUGUUGGAUUUGGUAGAUACGUUCAAUACUGUCCUGGAACAUGGUGCUUCAUAGACAUGAACCCGCCUGAUAAAGAGGACCGUGCCUAUGCUAACCUGUUCGCCACAGUCAUGCUGGUUCUUGUACUGACCAACGUAGUGUGCCAUGGUUUCGUGGUCUACCAUCUCUACAAGAUGUACCAACGGCGAAACAGACGGGGCUCAGUGAUAGCGACGAUGAGGUCCAGCAGCAAGCGCAGGAUGAUGUCCAUGGCUGUAGAGGUGGAGCACCUGAUCCUGUUGAUUGUCAUGACCAUCAUCUUCCUCAUCUGCACGCUGCCCCUUGUGUUCCGGGUGUACAUCAACUCUACAACAACUCACGAGAAUCAUCCAAUGGACCUGGUUGCCCUCCGCUUCAUCUCAUUUACCUCUAUCAUCGACCCCUGGGUCUUCAUCUUCCUCUCUCCUGGUGUGCUGAACUUUUUCUGGGUGUCUUUCUGCAACGCGCCCCUGGGGAGGUUUAGCAGUUCUGCGUGUAAAACAUCACAAGCUAAAGAUGACCAUCGUAGUCAUCUACAGACGACGUACACCGAGGACAAAGUAUGACCUCGGUAGAGAUCUGGGACUUCUUUAUUAGACACAUGACUGGGAAGUGUGCCAUCCCGUGGGAUCCAGAGCUGCAGCGUCUCUCCCAUGUUUACUUUCUGGGUUUUCCAGUAUCAUUACAGCUCCUGCCAACUGAUAAGAGACCUCAAGCAGAUUCCUGUUGAUUAUAGUGCAUCGCUGCACAGUUUAAGCUUUUCAGUUAGUUGUUUAAGCAAACAGAGUUAUCCACUGGUGGCUCGACUGACGCCUUUGUUGCUGCUACGAUUUUUUUUUUUUUUUGUAUCAAAACGCUGCUCUGUUUACCAGCUCAGUCAGGGAAUCCUGUUCCGAACAACCAAACAGAAAUCAUCACACUGAAAUUACUCACCUUAUCUACAAAAAGGAUCUCAAUGGGCUGCAACUGCUGGCGGCCAGUUGUGAAUGAUGUUUGCUGAGGAGUUUCCAAAAGGACUUAUAAAUGUAUUUAAUGUAAUUGUAUGGAUUCAACAAUCCCAAACAACAGUGCACACGUUUUACACCAAUUCUUUGUUCUGAACCCAGUGAGAUUCUAAAAUCUCACUGUUUGGCGACCAAUAAGGAACAUUUACUAUUCAGCAAAUAUUACAACUGAAAUGACGUCAGCUUGCAAACAAAGUUCUAAACUUUGUGACUAAAUUGCAACAAAAAUGUGCACAACAUUCACAAAAUAAACAAAUUUUUUAAUUAUUAACAGCUUUACUAAAGUAAUAUGCAACAAUUCUGUGGGAUUCCAGUGGAAAAAUGUGCGUAUUUUAUAAUUACCAUGAUUUUUCCACACAGAGAAAAUGUGCUGACUAAAAUGGUGGCCCAUUGGACACCAAGAGGAGAGUCCGAUAUUUUUUUAAAAAAGUAAUAAAAUUAGGAUUAACUGCAAACAAAUAAUUAAGAAACUUGGUGAUAAAUUUGCUAAAGAAACCGUAACCCUGCACCUUGUUUCAAGUUUCGCAUUUUCCUUUAGAUCCAGUUUUAUCACACCGAUUUACGGCCAUAACCGACUUCACUGGUUAUGUUUAAAGGGACUUUUCGGACUUUAGAAUUUUUAUGCUCGUGAUUGCCCCCUCAGGCCAAA